UCACUUCCUUCCCGCGACAGAAAGAGAGCGGGGAAAUUUGACAGUGAACAGCGACACAGAAAUACUAGUUCUGACUUGUUUUUUGUCACUAGAAAAAGGUCGUUUUAGUCUAAAAAGGCAAAAUUCAACAAACAUUAUCGACCUAACCUGCCGUCAGACCGACUAUGAGAACUUUAGAGGAGGUGCAGGCGACCCUGCAGAUCGCCAAACUGAAGGAGGAAGAUUUGCAGAACACCAUCCACUGCCUGUCCUUUGGGCAAAACGUUUCAUCUGCUGAUUACUGCCUGAUGGAGCUGGACGACACACUGUGCAAACACAUCGAAGCUGGCCAGAGUCUAGUGAUUCGGGGGGAUAAAGAUGAGCGUGCAGUGCUUUGUAGCGGUGACAAGACCUAUGAUCUAAAAAUAGCCGACACAUCCAACCUGCUGCUGUUUGUUCCUGGAUGCAGAACGCCGGACCAACUAACCAACAGCCAGGACAGCUCUCAUGUGGUGCACACUCAGAUUUGGGGAUUUUGUAACAGCUACUGGGAACUGAGGAAACAGCGGCCUAAACUGAAGAAGCUCAAGAAGCUUUUAAUGGAGAAUCCUUAUGAGGGACCUGCAUUAGGAGGGCAGGAGGAGAAUACAGAGAACAGGUACACAAUGCAGGAUCUGUUGGAGAGGAUUCAGGCCAGUGAAGAGGAGAUAAAGGCCCACUUAGAAACCAUCCACGCCUGUCAGAUAGAUGGCUACUGGCGUGUGCUGGACUUUGACUAUGAGAUGAAGCUGCUCGGUCAUGUGACGCAGCUGGUGGAUUCUGAGUCUUGGUCCUUCCACAAGGUUCCCCUUGAAAUCAGUCUGGAAGAGUUGGCCCCACUGGAACCCAAAGACAUGAUCAAACACUGUUUGAACUGCUACGGGAGACGAUUUACCGAAAACGAUGAGGUGUUUUAUGCGCUGCAUGAGGAUAAAGUAUGUCGGGGUUUGGCACUAAUGCUGCUGCAGAACGCUGUCAAGUUCAACCUGAGGGAGUUUCAGGAAGUUUGGCAGCAGAGUGUCCCAGACGGAAUGAGCACAAGACUGGACCAGCUGAAGAGUGUCGCCCUGGUGGAUCGUACCUCCAACCCUGAGACCAUCUCCCUGCUGCGGGUGGAGGAUCUUCCAGAGGACACGGUGGAGCGCUUCAACCACCUCUUCACACUCCGAGAGAAAUGGACAGAGGAGGACAUCACACCAUACAUACAGGACCUGUGUGGGGAGAAACAAACCACCGGAGCCCUCCUGACCAAAUACGCUCGAUCUUCAACGCAAAACGGGAUUAAAGUUUUCAACUCCAGAAGGCCUGUAGCUACAUGAACACAGUAUUAUAUUUGGAGAUUUAUGCCUGUGAGCAUUGAAGACAUUAAUCAACUGUCUUUCAGCGGUUUAACUAGUUAGCUUGUGUAUGAAAAAUAAGCCAUUUAAAAUUCAACUGUUAAAAAGGUUUUUGUCACUGAAGUCAAACUGGAGCUUUAUUUCAGUUUUUCAAUUGUCUGUAAAAAUAAAUAAGUAAAUGUAAUAAAAUAAGUUGUCAUAAUAUUA